GCCAUGCCGGAAGUGCGUCAUUGCGGAGGCGCAGGGUGAUGGCGGCCGAGGGGGAUGUCGAGCUGGAGCUGGAGGCCGAGCCCAACGGCUCUGCGGUCGGCGGGGAUGGUGCUGGCGGGCGACCGGCCGAGAAGCCGCGGAAACACGACAGCGGCGCGGCGGACCUGGAGCGCGUGACCGACUACGCGGAGGAGAAAGAAAUCCAGAGCUCCAACCUGGAAACGGCCAUGUCAGUGAUAGGGGAUCGAAGAUCUAGAGAGCAGAAAGCAAAACAGGAGCGAGAAAAAGAACUGGCAAAAGUCACCAUCAAGAAAGAGGAUCUGGAAUUGAUUAUGAAUGAGAUGGAGAUAUCUAGGGCAGCAGCAGAACGCAGCUUACGAGAACACAUGGGCAAUGUGGUGGAUGCACUUAUCACUCUUACCAACUGAGAACUCUGCUAGGUGUAUUUCUGUGGAGAAAGUAAAAAACACUUGGUGGGCCUUUUUAUGCAGGUUAUGCACUGUACGACACAUUUUGAAGUUAUUAAAUAAAAGUGUGAUUUUCUAA